AUGUUUUCCGCAGCCAAGAAGCUGUCCGCGAAGGUCAAGGAGGCCUUCAUCAUUCCCGGGGAGGGUCUCCUUGCCUUCGGCGAGAAGAAAAAGAAGAAGUCCACCACCAGUGGCACCACCAUCAGGCGCUUGGCCUUCAAGGCCAAGAGGAAGGUCAAGUUUGCUUGGCCCAAGAGGAAGAAGGCCACUGUCGUCCCUGUCGACGACAACAUGGUCGGCCUCUUGGCCGACUUCCAUGACAACCCGGGCGCCUUGUUGAUCCUUUCAACCCUCAAGACGAGGGCCGAGUUCCCAGGCCUUCUUAUACAAAGAGGUUUGGUGCGUACUGAGCGCGAGCUCCAGGGUUGGCGGCGAGCUGUAGCCUACGCCACCCAAACGCCUACGACACCACCACCAACGCCGGCCGCCAGAAGACUCGAGAGGAGGAGAGAGGAGGAGGGGGAGGAAGCUGGGGUGCUCGGUGUCGAAGGGUGGGGAUGGGGGGACGAUCGGGAGGAGAGGAGCUUUCUACGCGUGGCUCGUUGGGUUCUCGGCUGGGCCACUGGCUGCUGA